AUGCCCUCGCCACCGCCGAAUCAUCGCCCAUCUGCGGCGGCACUAUCGCCAUUCGGGCGCAACAGCCAGAACGCUGCACUACUGGCCAAAGCAAACAAGUCAGGCAUACCACCUCCAUCCUCACCCUCGUCCAGCUCGAACAAGCAAGCACCCGCCACGCCCAAGUCGUCAAAGUCAUCCGGACUCGGCAAUGGAAGUAACACAGGUGGUGAUGGAAACAGGAGCAUCUCGCUCUCGUCACGCCCCUCGCCUCUACCGUCGAACCGAAGCCCAUUCGCGUCACCCACUAAUCCUGGUAGCUUUGCAGGCCGUACAUCGUCAAGAUACGACUCGACGGGCUUGCUGAGUCGUGAAUUUGAGACGACGCAUCAUCGGCAAUGCCGUAUGCUGCUGAUGACGUUUAUAGCAGCAGCGAAUACGUGGGAAGAGAUUGCAACUUUUGACGGGCUCAAGUGGGCAAAGGAAGCCGUGGAAGGCUGGGAAGAUCUAUACGCGGCCAAGAAGCUCGGUCAGCGAGAUGCGUCUGCCACUCGACAAGCCAAGGGACCUACGGCCAGCUCGACAUUGAGGGCAGAGGACAAGAAGCAAGCGCUGGCGUUGGAUCCGAAGCAAGCGCACGAUCCUAUCUUGGGGCCGGGAGGCCUAAGGGAAUCGAGGAUGGCUGAUGCAGUGAGACGGAUAGAGGCGGCCCAUAUUGGGUUGAGGACGGUCAGUGGUAAAUUGGACAAAGCGUUGCAAAAGCUAACGACGUCAAGCGACUCGCUGCACUCACUCCUCGAAGAGGUAUCACAGCGGCAAGGGUUCAAGUCCGCCUUCAAAACCCCUAUGUGGGCCACGUGGCCCUUGUAUCGCUUUGCCGACCGCGCAACCGAGAUAGAAAAACAGUAUCGCAUGGCGACAAUGCACUUCGAAGUGCUCAUUCCGAUACUCCUCGAAUCAGGUGAACCUCCUGCGUCCCGGACCACGCGCAACGAUGAUUUCGACGAUGAUCAAGCGACAGACAUGCGCAGCAACGAGAGACGUGCAGCGUACCAGGAGUGGUCCAGUCUAUCGUACGUGGAAAAGAGAGGACCGCAGAGCUUGCCCGGCCUGGAAAUGUUGUGUCAGGUAGAGGUCGCUCGGUGGAGAGAGUAG